AUGAGUCGUUACUGCACCCUGAACAACAACUUCCCCAAUGACAACAACCUCCUGGUCCUGGACAUGGUGCUGAGCUCUCUCUGGAGCGUUCCACAGCCCGUCAACUGGGACAACGUGGCCAUGCUGGUCCCUGGCUUCACACCCAAGGAGUGUGCGCAGAGGUUCGAGGAGCUGAAGAGCACCGGAGGGUUCCAUCACGUGGACGACCAAUGCAACGCGCUGACGGCAGGAGGCUCCUCCCCUGUGGACUCGCUGGCCACCUACAUCAAAUCCACACUAUUGGACACCACGGGAGACGUGGAGGAGACGCGGACCAAUCAGAGCUCCAUCUCAGUGACGGGCCUGGCGGUGAACCCUUCAAGAGGUAGCUCGGUGGAGAAAGAGAUCAGGGAGUCUGCAGAGGAGGGCGAGAAGCCCCAGGAGGGGAAAGGGCCCAAUAUGGUGAUCCACGUGUGUGACGAGGCUAAGAACCUGAAGCAGGACUUCAUGUGUCCCCGUGACCUUCUGAUCAACGAGAUGCGUUACUUUGCUGAGUACCUCUCUGUUGACCUCCAGCGCUGGGAGGAGGUGGACAUCUCUGUGCACUGUGACGUGCAGAUCUUCCACUGGCUCAUGAACUACGUCAAGAGGCACAAAAUGGCCGUCGAUGGCAACAAUGACAAACCCAAACUCGAGCCCAGCAAUGUGAUCUCAAUCCUCCUCUCCUCCGAGUUCUUGAAGAUGGACACGUUAGUGGAGGAGUGUAUUCAGUACUGUCACAAGCACAUGAGUGCCAUCGUGGCCACACCCUGCAACAUGAACUGCAUCAACAGUAACCUGGCAGCGGACAUCUCUGACCUCUUCAGCCACAACGAGGCAGACGACAUCAUGGACAGAAAAGACAAGUUCAAAAGUAAGUUAUUCCAGAAGAAAAUUGAGUGUCUCUUCGAUCCUGAGUAUAAGAACCAGGACUCUCCAGGCAACGCAUCGACUCUGUACAGAUGUGGUCUGUGCCUGAAACUGCUGACCAAGGACACAGAGAGGAAGAUCUCCUGCAUCCCAGGGAAGAUCAACAUCGACCCUCGAGGAGACAUCACCUACACUCACAGCAGGCAGAAGAGAUGGGAGGUCCAUGAUUACAUGACCGGACUGUAUGAGGAGCUGAAGUCCUGGGUGCUGGUCUACUGGAGGAUCUGGGGAACCAUCAACCACCUCACCUGCUCCCACUGCCAACAGGCGUUUGUGUGUGCAGAGCUGUCCCACUGUCGGUAUCACCCAGAGGUUGUGUUGUACCCGGGCAUGGGGACAGAGCAUGGCUGGCACGGGACGGGCAUCUACCCCUGCUGCAACCAGAGGACACUACGCUUUGACCCCACCGGCAUGCCCAAGGGCUGUAAGAUGCGGGACCACAUAGUGAAUGCGUCAGACAGUGGAGACUGUACUGGGGACCACCAGGUAAACUCAGCCCAGACCAGACUACUCAACGACCUGCUACUACACAGAGAGGCAGUGUGUGUACCCAACACACCCCUACCAGAGACAGGGCCUGUAGACUCCCCCUCCAGUGGUUCAGAGAGGGGGGAGAGAGGGGAGCGGGUACUGGACUGUGACAUCCUGGUAGAGCCGGGGCUUCAGAGAGUAGAGGGCACCACCUUUUCCCUGUUGAAAAACUGGAGCCGGCAACUGAGGCAGCAGACGCUGCUUUCUGAGGAUGAGGAGUAUACCACGGGGUCAGAGGUCACUGAGGAUGAGGUGGGAGAUGAAGAGGAGGCCAGCAAGAAACAAGCUGCUAAGAAGGCCAAGAAGUUGAGCAAACCUUUGAAGAGGCAGAUGUCUUCACCUAAUUUCCAUCGCAAAGAGAAAGCAGUGGAGAAAACCCCUUCGAGGGACAACACUCCAUUCAGAGUGAGUGCCCAGAAGAGUAAAUGGGACAGCUCUCGCUCCAUCCGCUACAACCAAGAUGCCCAAAGAGAGGAAGACCAGCGGCGUAUGGUGGAGAUCAUUGGUCAUCUGACUAAGAUCAGGUUCGGAGAUCAGGAACAGAGAAAGUCCAAGGACACUAAAGAGCGUGCAGCAGGGAUCUACUCCAGGCUAGAGGCCCAGUUCAAGUCCUCCUCCCAGGCCAGUGGACGACAGAGUGGCCCUGAGAAAACCCUCAGAGUGAAGCCACGCUUCAACCAAGCUCGGACCACAUAGAUACUGGAACGAGAAGAGGGAGGAAGACAGGAGGAAGAGCGGAGGACCACAUAAAUACUGGAACGAGAAGAGGGAGGAAGACGGGAGGAAGAGCGGAGGACCACAUAGAUACUGGAACGAGAAGAGGGAGGAAGACGGGAGGAAGAGCGGAGGACCACAUAGAUACUGGAACGAGAAGAGGGAGGAAGACAGGAGGAAGAGCGGAGGACCACAUAGAUACUGGAACGAGAAGAGGGAGGAAGACAGGAGGAAGAGCGGAGGACCACAUAGAUACUGGAACGAGAAGAGGGAGGAAGACAGGAGGAAGAGGGAGGAAGAGAGAGAUCCUCAUGUGAGAACUCAGUGGAUCAAACUGACCCAAAUGGGUCCUGGCAACCUGGCAGAAGCUAAACCUCUCAACCCCACCUUGCUUGCUCCACUGUGCCCCUGGUAAUAUUUGUGCCUGUAUUCAUAACGAGCCUAAGAGUAGGAGUGCUGAUCUGGGAUCAGUUUGUCUUUUUAGAACAUACUGAGUGGACAGGGGAGACCUGAUCCUAGAUCAGCCCUCCUACUCUGAGACACUUGAUAAAUACAGGCCCUGGUCCUGCAUUGAUCGUCUUUAGUUCAGGAGGCCUGGUUUUGCCGUAGGGCUUUGUAGCCCACUUAGAACCCAGUCCAGCCCGUCUGACUCAGGUGACUUUGUAUCGAUCACAUCUCCUACCUCCCAUUAACUGUAUAUUACAAUGCAAUAGGUCACCUAGCUCUAAACCUGUAUGCCAUAGAAUAUAAUAUACUUUAACAUAGAAGCUACCUUGUGGUGAGUAAUAGGAGUGGUUAGCAGUAGGUAGAUGAUGGUGAAUGAAAUGCCCGUUGUUUCUAUUUCUAUAUCUGUCUGUGUUGGCAGUAUCGCACACUACUGGGACUAAGAGGACAUGGGUGGA